AAAGCGGAGUAUUUUGUUGUUCCGCGUUUGAGUCAAAAUCAAAAAGCAAAAAAUGCGAAGGCGUUAAAAGUUUUGACACUUUCGCAGUUGCCUUUGUCUGUUGUCAUCACAACUCACAAGUUGUCAUUUAGUUUGACAGCAUGGCGGCCACGGUUUCAGAUUCGGAGAUAACAAAAAGCGACAAAUUUUCUAUUUUAUUACCAACCUACAAUGAAAGAGAGAACUUACCUAUUAUGAUAUGGCUUAUCAUUAAGUAUCUGGAUAACAGUGGAUAUGAUUACGAAGUGAUUAUAAUCGAUGAUGGAAGUCCGGACGGGACUCUGGAUGUGGCCAAACAACUGCAAAAGCUCUACGGUUCCAAUAAGAUAGUACUUCGACCGAGAGAAAAGAAACUAGGAUUAGGUACGGCGUACAUACAUGGGAUGAAACAUGCUACCGGCAACUUCAUUAUUAUCAUGGACUCUGAUUUAAGUCACCAUCCAAAGUUCAUACCACAAUUUAUAGAAUUACAACGGGAACAUGACUAUGAUGUGGUAUCUGGGACUCGGUACAAGGAUGGUGGCGGUGUCUACGGUUGGGACUUCAAGAGGAAGUUGAUUUCACGAGGAGCUAAUUUCGUCACUCAGACACUGUUGAGACCUGGUGCUUCAGAUCUUACAGGAUCUUUUAGAUUAUACAAGAAAGAUGUCCUUCAGAAGUUGAUUGACAGUUGUGUCUCCAAAGGCUAUGUUUUCCAAAUGGAAAUGAUUAUAAGGGCAAGACAGCUCGACUACACAAUAGGAGAAGUGCCAAUAACGUUUGUAGACAGAGUGUACGGAGAGUCGAAACUCGGAGGAUCAGAGAUCAUACAAUUUGCUAAAGCAUUGCUGUACUUAUUUGCUACCACUUAACAUGUAAUUAAUACUUUCAACAUUGUCUUGAAAUCAUACAUUCUGCGAUUGUCGGCUACGGUCACCGGUGCCCGACAGGUAUUCGGUAAUAUUUCCGUCGGUCACAGGUGACCGACGCAGUUCUAAGAUGGCUUUUUUAAAACUUGAACUCAAACUACGACAAUGCCAUUGGUUUUCGUAUUUGUAUAUAGGAUAAAGAAUAUUGUAUUUUAUAUGUAAAUUAUGAACAAUUUCUAUACGAUAUUUAGUAAAUUUUCCAUGAUAAACUUAGAUUUCAAAAGCCAACUGAACUCCA